UGGCGCGCGAGGCCGGAUAUGUCAAUAAUAAUCUCUCCGGUGUCUUGACAUUUGGUCCUAUAUAUCGGGAAGUUUGUUGAUUCUCUGCAUUUCUAGCCUUUGACAGAGUUAGAUAUUCAAAUAUAACCAUUCUGUUUUCCCUAUUGAUCUGCUGACAGCCUAUUGACUUUGUAUAAAUAUUCCUGUUUUAUUAUGCUAUAUAUAUUCCCGCUGUUCAUUGCUUCAGUCAGUUUCCUCAGCUGUGGGAGCGCGGAUAUUUUUUUUCUUUCCGGCGGAAUCUUUUCAGCUGUCAAUGACAGUCUUCUUUUGACAGCCUCGUUUUGGAAUUGACAGCAGACGGAAUAGAUCUAUUUCACAGGGAAGUCAACGGCAAAGCGAGACAGAAUCAGAAUUCACGAGAUUUCUAGGAAAGUUGUAGCAAGGAUAUUAAGUUUUUAUCCGUCAAAGAGUUUUAUUAAUUCUUGGAAAAUAAUAAAAAUUUCUAAAUGUAAAUGUUAUCGAUAAGAACUUUUGUUCCCGAAUUAAUGGAUGAAUAGAAAUUGUCAGGAUAAUGAAAGAUAGUGUAAAGGGACUUAACUCUCAGCAUGCAGGCUUGAAGUGAGCUCUAAUGGAACAAACAACUGUAAUGUCGAAGGAAUAAUUCGCAUUAUUUUCUUGUCACCUGGAAAUGAAAAACAUCGAUUUUGUAGUUUCAAUUUACCUUCAAAUACAAACCUAUCAUCUUAUAAAGCUCGGGUACCGUGUAUCUGUUUAAGAACUGUCUGGUGGUAAACCUCGGGUAUGGACCGGAUAUCAGUGAACAGAUUCUCCUUCCGCCGGAAGGGAAGCCAUAAAAAGAAUAAGGAGGAGCAGGCCGAACCCGAGUUUGAUUACACAAAACUUUCGUAUAUCAGCCAAGAAGAGGCUCAGAAGAUUGAUGAGGAACUAUUUACAGAAUACGCCUUCUCUGUGGAACAGUUAAUGGAGCUCGCCGGAUAUAGCUGCGCUGUCGCCAUAGCAAAGUGCUACCCCCUAGAGAAGAUGACCCGAGAUAACGGGGCGGUACUGGUGUGUUGUGGGCCGGGCAAUAAUGGCGGGGACGGACUCGUGUGUGCCAGGCACCUCAAACUCUUUGUAAGUAGGCUGUUUGUGAAAGACACCUCAACUUGUUUGUCUGUCUACUCUGUGUGAGAGACACCUCUCAAA